GAGAAAAAGAAAAAAAAAUUUUCUUCACAUGUUUUUGUUUUUGUUUUCCUUUGAUUGAUAAUUUAAAUUGUUAUUCUAUUGAUUCUAUUUAUAAUCAUGUCUCUUUGUAAACAAAUUGGUAAAGAUCGAAUCAUCUUGGUGACACCGGAAGAAUUAUCUCAAGAGAGUAACAUUCAAUUACCUGAGAUUAAACCAGAAGAUCGUGAACCAGGAUUAAUAUUACCCAAUGGUGAGAUUAAUUGGAAUUGUCCUUGUAUUGGUGGAAUGGCCUCUGGUCCAUGUGCUUAUCAAUUUCGUGAAGCUUUCUCAUGUUAUCGUGCCUCAUCCACCGAUGAAACAGAUAAUAGAGGCUUUGAAUGUGUAGAAAAAUUUGCUCAAUUACAAGAGUGUAUGUCCAGUUAUCCCAAUUUAUAUCCUAAAAGAGAUGAUGAAGACGAUGAUUUAGUUGGUGAUUUGACAAACACUGACGAUGAUAUUAAAGGUACCAGUGGAUCUCACAGUAAAAUCCAAGAUGAAAACAUCACUGCAACUGGAAGUGGUAAAAAAAACUCUUAGCUGAUAUCAAACAAUCAACAAUUUAACAAUUAACAUGAGCACAAACUAAUAUCAAUCAACUGUUU